CCGCCACGCAUGCGCCGUAAUGUCGGCAUCGUUUCACGUGAAAUCAUUCGAAAAAAUCUGUUCUACAACAUUUUACGAGUUGUCACACGAAAAUUUAAUCGCGUGGGAAUGAAUUACAGUUGAUUGUGCUCGCUUUUCUUUCUUAAUAAAACGCGAAACGUUGUGAGGGGGAAAAAUGUUGAACGAUUGUCCGGAAUCGGAGACAAUCGGUUGUGGGUUAAGUGCUUUCAAAGAAAUUGACGAGGUGACUUUUUUGAUUGCGGAGUUGACAAAGGCCGAUCUUUCUUCAAGCCUUGUCGAGAAGAAUCGAGAUCGAUUUAAUUUCAUUCUGUCGCAAUACCAGGACCAAAGACAACUACUAGACCCAUAUUUGGAUGAUAUUCUACAGCCGUUGAUCUGUAUCAUCAGAGAUGAAAGUUCCACAGAAACCAUGCGACAUAAUGCUUUCAAGUAUAUUUUCAUUGUGAUGUCUGUUAAAACGUACAAAAAAAUUGUUACAUACCUUCCACACGAGGUAGCAGACCUUCUCCCUGUUCUGCGAAUGCUGGAGAAACAGGAUCCAAAUGAUGUAGAGACGUGGGAAACUCGAUACGUACUUCUAAUUUGGCUGUCAAUAAUUUCAAAGAUACCAUUUCCACUUUCACGUUUAGAAGUUUCGAAUGUUAACGCAGAAGAGUCGAUAAUAGUUAGAAUCUUGAAAAUGUGCAAAUUAUUUUGCUUGUCAAAGGAUGCCUGUGCCGUGGCUGCAGUUUUUCUAAUCGCCAAUUUCUUGUCAAGAUCAGAUGUAAAGAAAUUGUAUUUGAAGGAAAUGAUAAUGUGGAACUUGCAGUGUGCCGAAAAUGACCCUCUAAGACACGGUCCGUUAGCAGUUGUAGCAGCCAUAUUAAAGCACAGUGCAAGGGAAGAUGUUAAGCCAUAUAUACAAACAAUUUUGGAUAAAGUGUUGCAAUUUCAUCUGAACGACAAUCCUGCAGAUCUUAUACGGAAAUUUGGGAUUAAAAUUGUACAACGAAUUGGACUGGUGCUAUUAGGAACAAAAUUAGCUUCGUGGAGAUAUCAAAGAACUAGUAGACCUAUAUGCCUAGUUCCUAAUAUUAGUAUUAAAUAUAAUACUGCAGAAAGUGUGGAAGAUGCUAAAAAUGUUUCGUUAAAUCAUGACGAUCAGGAUAUUCCAUCAGCGAUAGAAGAUAUAAUUGAACAACUUAUACAAGGUCUUAGAGACAAGGCAAUUACAAUACGGUGGUCUGCUGCAAAAGGAAUCGGUAGAAUAACAGCAAGAUUACCAAUGGAUUUGGCAGAUGAUGUUGUAGGAUUUGUGUUAAAUCUAUUUUGUGGUCGUGAAUCAGAUUCUGCUUGGCAUGGUGGUUGUUUAGCAUUAGCAGAAUUAGGAAGACGUGGUCUUCUUCUUCCUCAUCGUUUGAAUGAUGUGAUACCAGUUGUUCUUCAGGCCUUAGUAUUUGAUGAACCAAGAGCUUAUGGUUCAAUUGGAUAUUUGAUCAGAGAUGCAGCAUGCUAUAUUUGUUGGUCAUUCCCAAGAGCAUAUGAUCCUGAUAUAAUUCAACCAUAUGUAAAAGAGAUUGCAGCUACGUUAAUAAUUGUUACUUGUUUUGAUCGAGAAAUUAAUUGUAGAAGAGCUGCCUCUGCAGCAUUUCAAGAAAAUGUCGGAAGACAAGGAAAUUUCCCACAUGGAAUAGAAAUACUUACAAUUGCUGAUUAUUUUGAAGUUGGAGUUAGGAAUCAUGCAUACUUGAAAAUUAGUACACAAAUUGCACAAUAUGAAGAGUAUACAAAGCCUUUAAUUGAUCAUUUGGUUACCAGAAAAGUCACACACUGGGACACAGCAAUUAGAGAACUUUCAGCUAAAGCCCUUUUUAAUCUAACUCCUAUUAAUCCUAAUUAUGUUAAGGAUACAGUUUUAUUAAAUUUAUUAGAUAUGCUAAAUUCUAUUGAUUUAAAUGUUAGACAUGGUGCAGUAUUGGCGAUUGCAGAAAUCUUGGAAGCAUUGUAUAAUUGUUGUAACGAAGAAAUUGAAAAUAUAAUUGGACUGUUGGCAGUAGAAAGUAUCAGAGAUAUAGUCAACAUUUUUAGAAAAAGAGGACAAUUCAAAGGCCUAGGAGGAGAAUUAAUGAAACAAGCAUGUGCUGUGCUUAUAAAAAAAUGUUCUAUUGUUCAUUUUCCAAUUUCCACCAAGAUUAUUUAUGACUGGCAAAAUCUUUUAGAAGAAUGUUUAGGACAUGAAGUGUCUGUAGUAAAAAUAAAAGCCGCUGAAGCACACACAGAAUUUUUCCAAAAGUACUAUGCAAGUAUGAGCAAUCAAGAUCGCAAUAUUGUCAUUAAUCGGUAUCUUGAUAAUUUACAAUCAAGUAAUCAACUUGUUCGAAUAGGUUUUGCACAGGCUAUAGGCCAUUUCCCUUUAUUUAUAAUUUGUGAAAGAGUAAAAGACAUAAUAGAAGCUCUUAUUAAAUGUACUGAAAUAUCAGAAAGUACUUUAAAAUGGGCAGAAAGUAGGAAAGAAGCUAUCCAUGCAUUGAUAAUGGUUUGUCAAACUCUAGGAGUAAAAGAAGCAGAUAAGUGGCAUAUAUAUGUUCACGACUUGUAUGAUUGUUACUUAUUAGCAUUGAAAGAAUAUACUAUAGACAGUCGUGGAGACAUAGGAGCUUGGGUACGAGAAGCAGCAAUGACUGGUUUACAUAUACUAACAAACUUAGUAUCACAAGCACAAUUAUUUUCUGUAUUAAAUGAGAACUUAAUGGCGAAUAUAAUUGGAGGAAUUGCUCAACAAGCUGUUGAAAGAAUUGAUGGAAUUCGGGCGCAAGCGGGAAUUGUUUUCAGUGCUCUUAUUCAUAAUGAUCCUUCCUUACCAAACAUUCCAUAUCAUACAGAAUUAAAAGCUAUUUUUCCUUAUGAUGAAUGCAAAGAAAGUAUAGAAUGGCGAAUGGAAUCUGCUACAUUUCCACGAUUUAUUAAAAUGUUAUCUUAUUCUCCCUAUACAAUGAAUCUAUUACGAGGAAUUAUAUUUAGUGUCGGUGGCCUAAGUGAAUCUUUGGUUAAAUAUUCUAGUGUUUCCUUAUUUUCUUAUUUACAAGAAAUAGACGAAUUGGGACUCAAAAAUUUAUGUUAUAAAAUUUUAGAUAUUUUUGAAGAGAGUCAUAAAAAUGAAAGAAUGAUUACGUCAAUGCUAGCUUUCUUAGAUCGCUUACUUAGUUCUGGUUGCAUUCAAAUUAUUCUUGAUGAUUCUGAAAACGGAAUUGCAGAACGAAUUUUGAUGCUACUUAAACAAGAAAUAAAGAAUACAAAUAAUACCAAAUUGUUAAUUAGCAGUAUAAAUGUUUUUUGUCAACUUUUACAGGUACAUGGACCAGUUGCAAAAAGAGCAUUUUGUCAAUUAAGUAUUUUUCUUUGUCAUAAAUAUAAAUGUAUACGAAAAGUAGCUGCAAUAAGGACAUAUGAAGCUUUAACUCUUUAUGGGGAAGAAAUGGAUCUUCCAGAACGAGAUUUAAUCAAAAUUUUGACUGAAUUAAAUGUCACUGACUGGGAACAAUCAGUUUCUGAACUCCGACCGAUAAGAAAUCAACUUUGUGAUUUAAUGAAUGUACCUGCUCCUAUUUUGCAAAAUAAAAUUGCAAAUUAAGCUUUCUCUAGAAUUUUUCCAUUAAACUGGUAUAGAUCCAACAAUCAAGGGCCUCCAUAAUUUUUCAGUGAUGUAAUCAUCACAGACUGCAUUUUCAAAUGCUAUUGUAAACUUGUAAUUGGCAAUAAAAGAAAGAAAAUCUUCAUUGUUCAGUAUUUCAAG